AUGAGGCAGCCGGUAGCGGUGGGGGCUUACGGCGGGGGCCGGCGACCGGCAGUUGCGGUCGCUCGGCGCACGCAGACCGCCCGCGCUCCGUCGCCUGCGCCGCUCGCGAGUGACUCAGUGAGUGACAUGCGCCGCCGAGCCAGCCAUGAGCGGCAAGGGCUCUUCCUCACCGGACCUGCUCAUGAAUGUGAGUCCCGCUCUCUAUUGGGCAAUUGCUCGAGCAAAGUGUACGACAUCAAACAUUCUGAACAAGAAUCUUUAUUUUCUUAUCAGAGGCUCUAA